UUUAAGUGGAGCCAGUCUACAGAACUGUCAAAAACCACGUGCGUUUUGUAAACAAACAAAUGACUUUGUAAAUAUAACAAUGUCUCAGAAACCAUUAACAUAUGAUGGCUGUAACUUUCUACGACAACGCCUUGUUUUAUCAACCCUAAGUGGAAAGACAGUGAAGAUAAAAGGAAUAAGAAAUAAAGAUGACAACCCGGGAUUGAAAGAUUUUGAAGCCUCUGUUAUCCGACUGCUGGACAAGUUGACAAAUGGAUCCAAUAUUGUUGUAAACGAAACUGGUACCAGUCUGUUGUAUCACCCGGGUCUUCUGAUUGGUGGAAAAAUUGAACAUGAAUGUAAUUUGCAGCGUUCGAUUGGCUACUUCCUGGAAGUACUGCUAUGUUUGGCUCCUUUCACAAAGAAACCACUGCAUGCAGUUCUGACCGGCAUCACAAAUGAUCAAGUUGAUCCUUCUGUCGAUAUGAUAAAGUUGUCAACAAUACCAGUUUUAAAGAGAUUUUUGGGAACAGAUGAUGGCUUGGAACUCAAGAUCACCAAAAGAGGUGCUGCUCCGGACGGUGGAGGGGAAGUGUUAUUUCGAUGUCCAUGUCGGCAGAAAUUGAGACCAUUACAUUUCACCGAGCCUGGAAAAGUUAAGAGAAUAAGAGGAGUUGCCUGGGUUACACGAAUGUCUCCUGCCACAGCCAACCGUAUUGUAGAUGCAACAAGGAGCGUCUUAAAUUCUUUCCUUCCAGAUAUUUAUAUAUACACAGAUCAUAUGAAAGGUGCACAGUCCGGGAAAUCUCCAGGGUUUGGCCUGACUUUGGUAGCUGAGACAACAGAAGGGGCUUUUUAUGCAGCUGAGAUGGUUUCUAACCCAAAAGGUUCAAGCGAGGGACCAACAGUACCAGAAGACCUUGGAAAAGAGGCAGCAAAAUAUCUACUGCAAGAAAUAUACAGAGGUGGAUGUGUGGAUUCAGUCAGUCAAAGUAUAGCAGCACUUAUGAUGGUACUGGGUCAACAAGAUGUUUCUAAAUUACAAACUGGUCAACUUACAGAUUAUUCCAUACAGUAUCUACGACAUAUCCGAGACUUCUUCCAGGUCAUGUUUAAAGUGGAACCUAAACCUGUAAGUGAGGAUGAAGAAGACUUGAAACUUGGUGGAGAAAAACUCCUGUUGACUUGUGUAGGAGUGGGAUAUUCAAAUCUUAGCAAAAGAAUUACAUGAUCUAAAAAAAUAUGUAUUCAAAUCAUGGCAUGUUUAAAGUGAAGAAGAAUCUGUGUAGAAAGUGGGAUGAAUAUUUACAGACUUGGAACCAAAAGGAUACUGUAAAAGUUCAGACUGGGUUAGGUAGUGCUGGUUCCCUACAAGACCAAGAGCUGAUUUAGGAUACCAGUCUUGAAACUCCAGCAUUUGACUGGUUGAUUCUUAACUCCAUUUUUGAUAGGCUAAAUGACAGGGUGACAAUCCAAGACUAGUUUCCAAACUCACUUCAAAUCCAUAGAGAUAGGGGACUCCGUCCACAACUAGGAAAUAUGUUUUGCAUGAUAACAUGAAUAAAGACAUUAAAAUCCAUUUGACCUCCACUUAAGAUUAAUGUAAAGAAGUUGUUCCUUAAUGCAGAGAUCUAGUUUCUGCUGAUCAGAUUAAGUGACAUAUGUCUUGCUGUUUUGUGCAGUGAUGAGAUUUUGAUAAGCUGAGUAACUGAAAUGUUGUUAAGAAAUGAGUUAACUUGUCAUUAAAUAUCAGCUUAUUUUCAAAACUUGUAUCCGUGGAAAAUAUGUAUCUUGUCUGGGACUUCAGAAGAGCUGAUGCCACAAAGUGUUCAUGUGUUAUUUUCUUGUACUAGCUUGUGGAGUAAAUAAAUGAUUUGAUUUACUCAUAA